AUGCUGUUCACCAUACGACGAAAGAAAGCUUAUCACCUAUUCACCAGAAUCGAGGAAGAUUACCUCGGAAACAGUGCCAACAAUAAUGUUCCAGUGAAGCCAAUCGACAGCUGGUCAAGAGGAAUCCGCCGUCGUCUUCUGGUGGAAUCGACCUUCGAAAAUCCUCAUCAAACACUUUCACUCGAAAUGGAAGUAAACUCAACAAUUAUGAGACAAGAUAUUUCUCGAAACUUAACUUUUCUUCGCCUCUAUUACUGCCGCAGUCUCCCUUCAAUGUAUCGAAGUGGUCUAACCUCAUUUUUGCAACUUGGUCAUAUUGUCAGAGCGACUCAGUUGGACGCACAUUGUCCGAACUCGCAACUAAACUCUACGACUCUACUCACUGCAGAUGCUGAUCGCUAUGUCGUACACUAUGUCCAGGGCUGUAUCCAGGUCAGCGUUAUGAUGCUUGAAGCAAACAUAACAACAGCUGUCACUCUUCCAACAACGCCAUUAUAUUGCGACUCUACUAACGAAUUCAAGACCACAUCUCAGUCUUCAUAUUUUUCGUUCAUAGGUAGGUUUUCGAGAUUACCAGUAAAUCAAUUGUAUGAGGUGUAUUCACCCUAUUUCGUUUAA